AUGGCCAGCGGAGGUGGUGUCGCCCCGGCACACUGGGCGGUUUUGAUCGGGAUUGAUUUCUAUGUGGGAGAGCGAUGCCUUCAAGGCAGCGUGCGGGACGUUGAGACGGCCAAACAGUAUCUGGAGGCAGGACCUACGCCUGUAGAUAUCGCCAUCCUCACUGCAACGACGCCUUCGGACCCCGGCUCUCGCCAUCCAACUGAGGGGCCCGUCCUCUGGCCCACAUACGACAAUGUUCUUGCAAAACUCAAAAGAGUCUUGGAGAAGGCGAAAGGAGGAGAUUUUGUAUACAUUCACUACUCCGGCCACGGAACGCGGAGGAAAGGCGACGAAUUCACUCAUCCGACCGGGAACCUGGCUUUUGUUCUCUUCGAUGACAAAUACGGUAGCAGAUACCUUAGGGGCGAAACGCUAGCAAAGUGUCUCCGCGAGAUGGUGGAACAAAAGCUCCUAGUUACCCUUGUUCUCGACUGUUGCCACUCGGGAAGCGUCCUCCGCGCUGGCAGGGUGCAAGGCGCCGACAUUCGGGCCAUCGACUACAAUCCCGCCGUCGACGCAACAUCGCCACAGGAUCCAGACCCAUUUGGUCCGGAUAGCGCCAUACGCGGCGCCCAGAUGCUGCUGCAGCCAUGGUUCAUCAACCCCGAUGGAGAUAGGUACACGAUCCUCACGGCCUGCGGUCCGCACGAGAGGGCAUGGGAGCUCAAAACCGAGGGAGGGGAGCGAAGAGGAGCACUCAGCUACUUCCUCGUCGAGGCUCUCAGCGCCCUGAGGAAGAGCGGCGUCGCGCUUACGCACCAGUCCCUGUACCAGCAUCUUCAAACGAAGUUCCACGCAUCCUGGCCGCAGCAGACCCCGAUGCGCUACGGCAAGCAAAACCUUUCCUUCUUCGGGGGGCUCUGCAUUGCACCAAGUGUGGGCUUUACCUCCGUCUACAGAGCAGAUGGCGCCCGCCUCUGCUUGAGCGCGGGGGAGGCGCACGGCGUGCACCAGGGCGACGAGUAUCUUGCCUAUCCGUUUGACACCCCCGAAGAUGGUACUGGUGGAGCAUCAGUAUUGUUAAGAGUUGAGACUGUUCACUGCCUCACUUCAGAUGUGGUGGGAGUCGAAGAGACGACAGCAGCGGCUGCCCAGAUCCGGACGGGUUGGAAAGCGAGGCCGAUGACGCAACUCUCGUCCCGCAAGACUCGUGUGCGCCUCAUGGCGAGCGCCGCCUCCCAGCUCCAGCGGACAGAGGCCGUAAAACAGCAGCGUUUUCUGCAUCUCUGCACCGAGGGCGAGGACACGGAACCGUGCAUCUUCCACGUCGCGGUCAACGAACACAACGAGUACGAAAUACUGGACGGGUCGCUCGAGAGGAUCGCCAGCUUGCCAGCCAUAUCCCUAGAUAUACCUGGAGCAUCCAACCAUGUCAUGGACACCCUGCAGCACAUAGCAACGUUCAAAUUCUUCGAGGGAAUCGAGAACCAGAUACCCAACGCCUCCUUCGAAAACUCAUUUACUCUUUCCCCCCUCGACGGAGCCGAAGCUUCCAGCAUUUUCAAGGUCAAGCACGGCGAUACGUGGGGGUUUAGGGUCGAGAACCGCGGAGACCGGCCAUUGUAUCUGGCCAUAUUCGACUUUACGCCGUCCUGGCAGAUUACCAACCUUGUGUCACAGGCAAGCGAUGGCACCACUUUGGUUGUGCAACCCAAAGACGAAGAUGGUGCCGGCAAGGAAGAAGUACGGCUAAAGAUGGAAGUACCGCCGCUGUUUCAAGGGGGCCAAAGGCAAUGCGAAGACAUUAUAAAGGUAUUCAUCACCAGCAAGCAAACCUCCUUUCCUUCGAUGGUCUUGCCCAAGCUCCCCGUCCAUGGCAGGUCUCGUAAGAAAGCAACUCGUGGGAAGGACGACCAGCUGCUCACGUUCCUUUCGGAGCUGACGACGCCUUUUCGAGGCCGAGAUCACGCGCAGGAGGAGUGGUUCAUCGAAGACUACCCGCUUGGAUACCCCCGAUUCUCGGCGCUUAUUGCAUCUCACGACUCCUUCCACCUCUGCCGCCGAUUUUCCAACCUGCGGGCGCGCCUACUCCUGCUUAAACAAGAUAGAUUGUCUCUGCUGGAAAAGCGACUGGAGAAGAUCGACCGAGAAGAAGUCGAACUACUGUCUCUGGGAAGUAGCCGGGACGAUACAAACAGUGAAAGAAUCUCCAUUCUCGUAGAGAUCGACGCGGCUUUGGCCGACUACGACGCACUGAUAGAGAGGAACCACAGGGUCCUUAGCCUAGAAGACGCAUCGUAUAGAGACGUGGCGAGCUUGCAGGACUGGGUAGAUGGGAAUGGCUGCAUAGCUCGACAGGAGACGGCAUACCUCUCACGAGCCCGAGAUCUUGUCAGCGUAACGUCCCCGGAUGACGGAGCCACGACGUGGUUGGGGGUGUGGGCCGAGAGGUGCCGCGUCUCUCUCUACACGCGUAUCGGCUAUGAUCCCCGGCUCAACGCCUCGCGAGACCCAAACGUGUAUAUAUUUCCUCGGUCAUCUAUAACGUGGGUCGCCAGGAUGCUGAUGACGCCGUUCGUCGUUGUCUUGCUUAUGGCUCCCGUCAUCAUCUGCAGCUUGGUCGGUAACUUGGCAGCCAGACUGGUUAUCAUUGUAGCUGCCACCACUGGGUUCGUCGCAGUAUUGUCCGGCUUAACUAGAGCAAAGACUAUUGAGCUAGUCGUAGCAGGCGCAACCUAUACGACCGUCCUAAUCGUUUUUAUUUCGAACACAAACACAAAUACCUAGGAAAAUUAACCCGUUUUUAUGCUUAUUGCUUAUCAUAAUGGCAUGUCAAGCGCAUGGGAAUUUGACAGAAUCUUAGCGUACUUAUACGUACUUCAAGUGAAAACAGAAGUAUAGUGGGAGGAGGAAUAUAGUAGAGCGAGAAAAAGGGAAAGGGGGAGAUAGUAGUAGGAGAACGAAACAGCUAACUCAUAUCGACUAAUAUUAGCCAUAAUAGAGUAUACUCUUCCAGACGUG